AACUUUGAUCAUGGAGAACUUCAAUAACUUCACUGAGGAUGACAACAAAAUAUUCUCAUUGUCAGAUAAGAUGACUUUUGCAUCUUCUGGAAUCACAUCAUUUCAAAUUAGUGAACCAAAAGAUAAGAAAAAGACUUGCAGAUGCUGUGUUUGGUCUGUAUUCAUAAUAUAUUUGGUUAUGCUCACAGGAGGCAUGGGAUUUUUGGCUUAUGAAGUCUAUACGAUGCACAACUUUAUAAAUAACAUGAAAGAAGCCAGAGAAGCAAUACUAAUGAAUCAUCUUGUCAAUAAUGUCACCAUGGAGAAUGAGACCUUUUUUGGAAUCAAUGCUCACAGUGGUCAAGAAAACUGGAUCCACAAUUUAAAACAAGAAAUUCAUGUAAUGAAAUUGAGCAACCAACAUCUACAGUGGGAAAUGGCAAACAUUACAGACCAAAUUAAAAGCAACAUGACUCAAGGAAUUGCAGGACCUCCUGGUCCCAAAGGAGAAAGAGGAGUUCCAGGAAUAAAAGGUGACCAAGGUUUUUCUGGACUAGAUGGUGAAAAGGGAUCAAAAGGGGAUCUUGGGCCUGCUGGACUAAAAGGAGAACCAGGAAUGAAAGGAGAAAUGGGGGAGACGGGAUCUCACGGCUUUCCAGGAUCCAAAGGGGAACCUGGUGAAAGAGGAAUCACAGGCCCAAGCGGAUUAACUGGUCCUCCAGGAGAGAAGGGCGAGAAGGGAAAUCAAGGCCAGGAAGGUCAGCCAGGUCACAGCGGUCUUCCUGGACCACAAGGAAAUAAAGGAGCUGCUGGAAAUGUGGGUCCACCAGGAGCUCCUGGCCCAAAGGGCGAAAAAGGGGAGGCAGGAGCAGUAAGUCAAGUUCCAGGUCCACGAGGACAAAAGGGUGAUCAAGGUCAAAAAGGUAGUAAGGGAGAUACAGGAUCACAAGGAACACAAGGUGCUAAAGGUGAAAGGGGCAUCUCAGGAUUCGGGGCUUUCCUGAGACUCGUAGGACAAGACAACCGUGGCCGUGUGGAGAUUCUGCACAAAGGACAGUGGGGCACCAUCUGUGAUGAUCAUUGGAGUGUGAAUUCUGGCAAUGUGAUUUGCCGAAUGCUCGGGUUCAAUCGGGCUGUUAAUGUCUUCACUGCACCUGCAGGAACUGGACAGAUCUGGCUGGAUGAUGUACAAUGUUCAGGAAACGAAAUCUCCAUUUAUUUGUGCAAUAAACGUGAAUGGGGUGAAAACAACUGCAGCCACAGUGAAGACGCUGGGGUUGAGUGUGCUUAAGACAGUUUUGCAGCACAUCCUGUAAAAUAAUAUGGAACUAAGUGCCUCAGCCCUGUCGUGUGGUGUGUAUCUUACCGAUCAGUUACUUAAUGCUCACUGUCAUCUGUUGCAUCAAUGUAUUUUUAGGUUCUUCUUUGAUCAAGGCCAAUUUUAAAGAUGUAUUUGAUGUAUCUAGGCUCAUAGGUACACUGAGGAAUGUUUUUAUGUAAAAAUCCCAUAAAUUGCAUCUUUAUUCGCCUGGAUGAAGGAUCUAUUGAUACAAUUGGACUUCCUAAUAAGAAGCACACAUGGAAGAUGCAUACCACAAUGCAAUGAAUAUCUGUCAAGUUAGAGUUCAUCUUCAAUAAAGUACAAUGGCUUUGCUAGGUUCUUCUGUAAAU